AACACAACCCACUCCCGCCAACACAGCGCGCUCCCGCCUCCUCAAAUCCCAAUUCCCCAUCGCCCAUCGCCAAAUCUCUCCGCGCCUCCACCCCGCCAGCCGCCAUGGAAGCCUCAGCCGCCGGCGCCGUCGCGAAGGCGAAGAAGUACGUGGUGGGGCGCAAGCUCGGCGGCGGGCCCAGGAAGCAGGCGGUGGCGCGGUCCGUCAAGGCCGGGUUGCAGUUCCCCGUCGGCCGCAUCGGGCGGUUCCUCAAGAAGGGCCGCUACGCGCAGCGCGUCGGCAUGGGCGCCCCCGUCUACCUCGCCUCCGUCCUCGAGUACCUCGCCGCCGAGCUGCUGGAGCUCGCCGGGAACGCCGCCAAGGACAACAAGAAGUCCCGCAUCAUCCCGCGCCACCUGCUGCUCGCCAUCCGGAACGACCAGGAGCUCGGCAGGCUGCUCGCCGGCGUCACCAUCGCCCACGGCGGCGUGCUGCCCAACAUCAACCCCGUGCUGCUCCCCAAGAAGGCGGCCGACAAGGAGCCCAAGUCGCCCAAGAAGGCCGCCAAGUCCCCCAAGAAGGCCUAGUCGAUUACUUACUGUCUAGUAGGAGUACCUCGUAAUAGAAUUAGUGUUCGCUGUUUGGGUAAUGGUGUCGAUGUAGUGAUGUUCUGCUCUGCUUUGAAAAAAAGAACGUCAGAGAUCUCUCUGACUUGCUGUAAAUUUCUGCUCUGUCGACAAUCUGUUCAUGAUUUUGUAGUGCUAUAUGGAGUUCUACAUUUGUGCGGA